CGAACGUGCGUAUGUUUUGACAUCGCGGAGUUCACGUGGUUUUGUUUUGGGUCGAUGUUCACGAGAGGAGCUUUGUCACAGGCCGUUCGACUCUGAGGACCACUUCUUCUGCGCGGAGCUUUUGUGGAGCGAUGAGUACUGAUGAUGACGGCCACCUUGAGCCAGCGGAGAAACCCCUCGACCAGGCACAGCUGGUGGCUAUGAUUGAGCUGCAGUUGUCGGAGGUAGACAUGCUUCAGUCGAUGUUCCCUGGCCCACGAGAGUUUGUACUGCACGACCCCUCCGUUCUGGUGGACCUGCGGGACUUUGCCGAGGGUCGCACGUUACUCCUGCCGCCUCGCAUAGAUCUGGUCAUCAACUUAGAUGUCGGAAAGGGUCAGUUAAAUGUAAGCAUCACCUUGCCACAUGAAUACCCUGCAGUCUUGCCAGAGAUUUUUGUGCGGUCGCAAACCCUUAAUAGAGAGGCUCAGCACCGUCUAAAUCAAGAACUUUUGGGGUACAUUAAAUCUCUAGAAAAAUGUGAUUUAGCAAUUGGUCCAGCUGUAACUUGGCUGCAGGAGAAAGGGGAAACCUUUUUCUCGGACAACAUUGAAGAAGAGGUACCACUGAACACAGAGACAGAGACUGAGGGAAAGGACACCAAAUUUGCAAGAUUAUGGAUAUAUUCCCAUCAUAUAUAUAGCAAGGUAAAACGCAAGGAUAUUUUGGAUUUAUCAAGAGAGUUUGACUUGACAGGUUUCUGCUUACCCGGGAAACCUGGCAUCAUAUGUGUAGAAGGAAUGUCACGCAAUACAGAUGAUUGGUGGCAGAAGGUAAGGUCAUGGAACUGGCAGAAGAUCCUUGUCAAGAGCCGAGAAAUCGUCGAUGUCACUAAAGGUCAAGAUAUUGACAAGCUACGAAGAUUUCCGUCAUUUGAAGAACUUGGCUCCGAGAAUAACAUCCGGGUCAAGAACGGAGGGUUUCACGUUGACAUGGGAGAUGUAUUUAGGUACUUAGAAAACCAUGAAUCAGGAUAUGUUUUCAAAGAAUAUUUUGGUGUCAGUGGGAGGCCAACUUGACGCACUUUGAAUGAAGAUAGUAAUAUUAGGUCCUGCCAUACUUAUAUAGGUUGGGAGCAUUAAGAAAAUUCUUGUUUGGAUUGAAUGAUCGUUAUGUAGAUGAAUAAUUUGGAUGUUUAUGAAUUAGUAAUGGGAAGACUAUAUUUUAUAUGUUAUUUAUAAAUCUAUUACCAAUUUGUAACUAUUUUGGUAUUGAAAUUACCUUUCACAUAAAAAAAAAAAAAAAAUCUAUAUAAAUUCUGUAUAGUAUCCCCUUGCAGUGUUAAUGGAAAUGAGAGAAAAGGAAGUAAUUUCAUCCCUGAUAAUCGGAAAACCAAAAUAAACGAACAAAAUAAAGAACAGUCAUAGAAAAGCGUCGGUGAUAAUGGGGUAAACCGGGUAGGCUAAGACGGUAAUUUUAGUAUCACUUUUACGCAACAUCUCUGAAGUGUCUGGAGUGAUGCAAUUGUCAGUCCAGCCUUUAUAAAUUGAGAAGGGUGAUACCAUGACUGCAGUGUGUAGAGUGUUUUUGUCAUCACGUGUUACGAGGUUGGUGUUUGAGCAAAAC